ACGAUUUCAAUUGUACAGAGAUGGCUGAAAAUCCCCCCGAAGAAGCCUCUCCCAUAAAUCAUGCUGAGGAGAUUCCAGCCGCGGAGGAUGCUCCCAAACUAGUAACGAUCGCUGAGGCGGUUGAGGGGGCAGAAGUCCAAGGUGAGGCAGCUAACGCAGAUCAAGGCGUUAAAGAAUUAGUAGAUGGAGAAGUCGCAUCAGUGUUGCCUACCGAGGAUGACCAAACCUCAAAGGAAGGUCAGGAAUCUACAGCUAAACAAAAGGGUCUGGUUACCGCCGACGAACGGAAGCGCGAAAAGCUCCUGAGGAUUAAGGAACGGCUCGCCCAACAUAAGGAGGAAGAGGCUUCGCAUGCUGCCAUGGUUGAAGCUCCAGUAGAAUCUGAGGAGAUGCAGGACGACGAGGCCAGGGAGGAACUCCAUUCCUUGGAAUCGGGCGCCGAAGAGUCGGCAGAUGAUUUCGAAGAUAUACAGGCCAUCCUCAAUGAAAAACCCCCAACACCACAUGAAAGCGUUAUUGCCGAAGAGGAUGUCGACUCUGAGGGCAGCUUUGAUGAGCCAUUGCCCAGGUUGGGAGUGUCCUUAAAGAGUGAGUUUAUCCGCGGGUUUGAAAGCCUGCCCAGCAUAUCGGACAUAUCACUCGAUCCGGAGCCGGAACCAGCCCCCGAACCGGAGUCUGUUCCUCAGAAAUCCUUUACCAGGCCGGGCUCAGAAGAUGGUAGAGUACAGCAGGAUGGCACAGAAGAUCCGGGUGAGGGGGAGGCUUCGGGCUCCGAUCAGGAUGCUAGCACUGCUCAAAUUGCGGCGGGUGAGUCCGAAGAGGACGACGAUUCUAUUCUUAUGGAUGAUCUGCCGGAUGAGCAAGCGCAGACAGAAAAGCAAGUCGUUAUUGGGGAGGAAGUGGAUACCAUGGCCAUGUUUGCAGUGGCCGUCGAUGCAGAAGUGGAGCCCCAGAAGGAGUUGGUUGUUCCUGUGGAAGAACCCUUCUGGUAUCGCCUUACUGUCGAUUUCCUGAACAAUCUUAUCAAUACCGUGGUGGAUAAUGUGGAAAGCGCCGACAAGAACAAGGAGCACCUGUUGGACAAACGCAAGAUGCUGCUGGAGCUACAGCGCCUGGUAGACGACUACAGCUUCGAGAAGUACCAAAACACCCUCCUAAACAAUGUUGUGUGUGACUACUUCCGUCGCAACCGUAAGUUCAACAAUUUUCAGCCACUGCCACCAGACGUUGCCGCUGGCGAGUUCAUCCGCUACAUGAAUGCUCUCUACUCGGUGGACAAUCUCAUGGAGCGGGUAAAGAUGAUCAAGAUGAAGUACGGACACAGCACGUCGCGUGCGAUGCUGGAGCUCAAUUCGUAUUCCGUCCUCGCCUUCAACGAGGAGCAGCGCCUAGAGGGUUUCAUGCGUAAGACCCUCAUCCGCAAAGACAUGGAUCGUUUGAAGCGCGCCCUGGACAACGAUCUCAGGCGCAUGCAGGACCUUCGCAACCAGAUCAGCGGGAAGCGCUACGAGCUUAACUUGAACCUUCACAACCUAGCAUUUGUGGAUGAGAAAGUGAUGAAAUUUGAGAGAGUUACUGAGACGUUGACCAUUUCGCAAAUGCUCUGCGCCAACGAAUCCAUAAUACAGUUGAGCAAGCAAUUGGAAGAAAAGUGCAAGGAUGUUGCGGUCAUGCAGUCGAACUACAAGAAGUCGAUGAUCGAGGAAACAUGCGUUCGGGAGAAGCGGGACAUGAUUGCCUACAUGCUCUCCAAGGCAAGGGCUGAGUACACAGACCGUUUUGAGCGGCGGAACAGUCUGCGCAAGGAUCUGACUAGGCUGCAGCUGGAGCACGCCCACCUCAAGGCCAUGCGGGCCAAGCUGGAGGUCAAGGGCGGACUGCUCUUCAAGGCGGGUCUGAUGUACGACUACGACAAGUGCAUGGCCGAUAUAGAGACUCGCCGUGCCCAUGUCCAGGCCAUGAAGAAGACAUGCAACGAUUUAGGGAAACGCAUUAACGCUGUGGAACACUCCAAGCACCAGUCCAGUAUUUCGAUACGAUAUCUUAGUUAAUUAGGAUGCAUUUCUAAUUUUCUAAGGAUUUUCACAAAUAAAUUUGAGUGCAUCUUGUAUGACUAUCACCCAUGUGUGAAAAUGUUGACCAUUAAACGAUCUUUUUAAAAUUUUAAAAAA